CGUAGAUUCAGGCAGACGGAAAUAGCUCCGGACAACGCUCAUAAAGACCAUUUAGAACCCUAAAAGCUUUCCACUUCCAAUCUUCCAUGAUCUUCCCAAAAUUGCAGUGGAUUUCUGUCUAAAACGAGAAUAAUGAAGCAUUGGAAGAUGCAAUCACGAAGUCUUCUUCUCCACCUUCUCAAUUUAUCGAUUCUAUACAGACUCGGUUUAGUUCAUUCGCUGUCUACGAUCUGUGAAUUCAGUAUUACCCAGGAGAACAAGUUCUAUAGUUAUAGCUUGGCUUCCCCUUCCGAAACAUUCCCUCAUGGCGUUCUUAGCGAAGACGGAUAUUACAAGGUGUCAUCUAAUGGAACGGUGGUUUGGUUUCAGCUUUGUGAUGGAAUGAUUUUCAACCAUGAUCCUCCAAGAUGUUUUGAUUGCUGGGAUUGUGGGGGAUCAUCUCGAUGUGGGAUGGGGUGCAGUGCGCUUAUGUCCGAGAUUAAAUUAGGUUAUCCUGUAUGCAGUACUAUUGGGCGCACCCAAACCAUUACCACAGAUCUCAUUGAUAAAGAGAAUCCAGAUAUGGGUAUAGUUGUAAAAACGUGGCACCAAGGAUCAGAAAGGAAUUGUUCGCUUUCUGUUUCUGUUAUCUGUGAUUUAAAGCAAGUUCAAGGACCUAAGACACUUGAGAGAGUUGGGGUUUGUAACUUUGUUACACAAAUAACACAUCCAGCUGGCUGUGCCAACGUUUUGUCUGCCCCUGGCAGUGGAUUGGGAUGGUUUGGCACACUCUUAAUCAUAAUUUUGUGUCUUUUUGGAGCUUAUUUUAUAGCUGGAGCUGCUUAUCGCUACUUUUAUCUCGGCAUCCGUGGUAUAGACAUUAUUCCAAACUUGGAAUUUUGGGCCAGCUUGCCACAUAGAAUUCGGAGUUCAUAUAUGUCAUUGGUUCGAAGAUUUAGAGGUCCAUCUCAAAGUUACAGGAGCUCAUACUCUCCCGUUGACUUUUGACUUUUCAAAUAUUGUUGGAGUUAAUUUAUACACUAACAAAAGCAGAAACAACAACUGUUAAACUCGAUUUAGAUGCUGAGCUGUACAAUGCGGUUUUUGCUAUAUCCCAAGUUUUGAAUUCAAGUCCUUAUUUUUUUGUAUUUUUGGGUAUUGUGGUCAUGGUCAGCUGAGAGGACGCAAUUUAUAAUACCCAUGAAACCUUUUUCUUCCCUAUAAACUAUGGCAUAUAUGUCAUUGGUAUUGUGAGUUUCUAGUACAAUUAUAGUUAUUGAUUAUAUUAAUA